CAUGUCCGGCCGCGGCAAGGGAGGCAAGGGGCUCGGCAAGGGCGGCGCCAAGCGGCACAGGAAGGUGCUGCGCGACAACAUCCAGGGCAUCACCAAGCCGGCGAUCCGGCGCCUCGCCAGGCGGGGCGGCGUGAAGCGCAUCUCCGGCCUCAUCUACGAGGAGACCCGCGGCGUUCUCAAGAUCUUCCUCGAGAACGUCAUCCGCGACGCCGUCACCUACACCGAGCACGCCCGCCGCAAGACCGUCACCGCCAUGGACGUCGUCUACGCCCUCAAGCGCCAGGGACGCACCCUCUACGGCUUCGGCGGCUAGGCUCGUCCUCGC